AUGGCGGACUCGGCCGCCCUGGCGGGGGCCUUCGCGGGCUUCGUGGAGACCCUGGCGGUGCAGCCCCUGGACCUGGUGAAGACGCGCUUCCAGCUGAACAAGCAGCGGAACCCCAGCGUUGCUGCCGCCCUGCGCGAGCUGGUGGCAGAGGGGGGCGCAGGCAGGCUCUACCGCGGGCUGCUCCCGGAGCUGGCGGGAAACGUGCCCACGCGCAUGGGCAUGUGGGCCGGCAAGGACUUCGCGUCCAGGGGCAGCGCAGGCAGCCGCGUGUGGCGCAGCGGCUUGGAGCGCCGAGCGCCGACGAGCUCGCCGACGCCCGCGGCGUCGGCGUGGACGGAGCUGGGCGCUGGGCUGCUCGCUGGGCUCCCCGAGGCCGUCGCCACAACCCCGUUCCAGGUGGUCAAGGUGCGCAUGAUGAGCAGGGAGAACAACGGCCUCUACCGCCACAGCGCGGCGGAGGCCCGGCCGGGUCGCGCCUUCGAGCGCGGACACGGCGAGAAGCCCGCGGCGGAGCGCGAGGGGCGGCCCUCGCCCUCGGAGCAGGCACGCAGCCCGUCGGACGCCCGCCCGCCCCUUGAGAGCGCCGAUCGCGUGGGCCGUCUCGGCUCCGGCCUGCCGGAGCUGCAGCCGGCGGAGCAGCACAUAUGUGCGCACGGAUGGCCGGGCUUGGGCCUGGACGGUCCUGCAGGCCCGCUGCUGCGCCUCCAGCAGCUCGGCGCGGGCUUCUGCGGUGGCGUGCUGGCCACCUGCUGCAACGCGCCCCUCGACGUGGCGAAGAGCCGCAUCCUGCGGCGCGCAGAGGGGGCUGGCGCCGGUCCCGACCAGCCGCGCGCGUCGACGUGGGGGGUGUUGAUGGGCGUCGUGCGGCUGGAGGGCGCGGGCGCGUUGUACAAGGGCUUCGCGCCGAAGGCGCUGCGGAUGGGCAUCGGCGGUGCGGUGGGGGUGGUGGCCUACGAGCUGGCCGUGGGCGUGCUGCGAUGA